AUGCCAGCCGUGAAGAAAUGGUUCCUGAAAGAUGCGAAGAACAACUCGACCCUGAACACCGCAUAUCUCGCGAAAUGGGGAAGCACCAUCGUCCCGCUUGAGAUAUCAAACAACGACGACUUUACUCGAAUCGAGCAGUCGUUCAGCUUCUUCCUCGAUGCCUCGAAUACCACAACGACUCCCACAGCGCAAGUAUAUCUAGCCCAAGCUCGGCUCGCCGAUCUCCCUCGUGCACUUGUCAACGAUGUGCCCACCCCUGAAAUUGUCCUGAAGGCGGGAAAGGGCGAUGUCUACGAUUCCUCUAUCUGGCUCGGCAGAGCACCUACCUAUACUCCGCUGCAUAGAGACCCAAAUCCAAACCUCUUUGUACAGCUAGCUGGGCAGAAAGUUGUGAGGCUGUUCAAUCCAAGUAUGGGGCAUGGAAUCUUUGCCAAGGUUCAAGAAGUGAUUGGGGGCUCAGCAUCAGCGACUAUGCGAGGCGAAGAGAUGAUGGCAGGGGAAGAAAAGAAGGCGUUAGAAGCUGAAGUCUGGCAUAAGACGACAUCUUAUCAUGACGACUGUUUUGAGGUCAAUUUGCACGCUGGUGACGCUCUCUUCAUCCCUAAAGGAUGGUGGCAUAGCAUAAAGGGCAUUGGGAACGACAUGACGGGCUCCGUCACAGUGCCGAAGGAUCCACGGAAAGGAUCAGGCUGGAGAGCCGAACGACGCAGCUUCCAAUGGCUACGCAGAGGCACUGGUUCGCUUGGCAGCGGCAUACAUGCAUCCUUCAGCGGCUUAUCCGUUCUCUUACUUGACUUGAUCUGCUUCGAUCAGCCUGACGUCUACAUCUCGACUUUCGCAUCUGGUAUCUCCAUCGCGACAGCAAUCAUGACGACGCCGAACAUGACCUGCCCUGAAGGCGGGCGAUUCUACGCUUGUGGAGAUGGGAGCAGAUAUGUAGGAUGUUGUCUCAGCGACCCAUGUGCGGUGGGUUGUCCGGCCGGAAACCUGGUGAAAACAGAGUUCGAUGCAGAACAGUACGGCCAAAUACCUGAUCAGCAAUGCUCGAACGGCCUGUUCUACACUUGCGCCUACACAGAUCCACCUUUCUGGGGCUGCUGUACGGAAUCUGGCUGCGGGACUGACACUGGCUGCCCGAACACAGCGCUCGCUGGCGCAUUUCUGUCACAAAAUCCAGCCGAUGCACAACCUUUCUUGAGCCUUAACACCACGUGGACACAAUCGACAGCUGCUGCGUCAGGAUCGAGUACCAACACGGGCGCAAUAGCAGGAGGAGUCGUGGGUGGAGUUGUCGUACUAGCAGCCUUCGUAUUUGGCAUAUGGUGGUUUUACCGAAGACGUCGAAGGCAAGCUGCGAAGAAGGGGAAUGGAAACGGUGCAAUGCAAGCCGAACUAUCGGGGCAAGGCGUGUCAGAGCUACCGCCUGAUCAAGCGACUACCAAUUUCAAACAUGUGCCUCAAAGCUAUAACUUAUCGCCUAUGGUGCCCUCAUACCACAGCUCGCCACAACACAACGGCUCAGAAUGGUCGGCUCGUCCGCCUAGCUAUCAGAAAUGGGGCGACCCGCCGCAACAGAUGGUUCCACAGGAAUUACCUGGAAGCAACGCGGGAGUCGAGAUGGAUAGCGGGCAGGAUGUGGAGAGGAGAGACAAGAGUGCCUCGUCUACGUCGCCGCGAUGAGUCUUCACUGUCUCGUUUACUGCAUGUUGACGAAGCGAGAUUUUUUUGGCGAUGUUUCUGGUAAUAUCGAUCAGCGGCGAUGCGAUCAGCUUAGCGUAGUCAUGACAUGACUUGUACGAUGAGAUGUAGAUAGACUGAAGGAGGGGAGGGUAAGUCAAUAAUAAUGUCUGUUUCUCGAAUCCUGUGUAGGAGGAUUGC